AUGCGUUUGGGAACCUUUUCCCUGCUCGCUCUGGGAGCGACGACGGCGAACGCAAUCCGCGACACCUCUCCCUUUUUCCUUGCAUCGACCUCCCAGAUCCCUUCUACGUCGGCACAGCUGCGGACUGCUCCCGCUAUCUUAGAAGAUCUGUCUACGGGGCUGAGUGGCUGCCCUUCCGACUACUAUGUUAUUGCUUCUCAGCCCGGUGUGCACAGCACCGACUUCGCUACUCGCCAGUCCGCACCGCGCCUCGGUGGGAAGAUGACGGGGAAGGACAAGAAUAUCCGGACAAAGACGAUUGUGAAUGAAGUUGUGGGCGAGAUAGAGGCGAAGGAUGUCCAGAAGCUGCUCGAGAAGGAGUGCGGGGCUGAAUCGACCGUGAUCGACGCUUCCUCUGACUCUCACUCUGCCGACUUCGAUGCGGAGUCCCGCAUCAUUGUUGUUGACUUGCCUGUCCUGCCUGCAGGACAUGAGCGGAAGAAGCAGCUUUCGAACAACGAUGGCUUGCUCUUCAACGUCAUUGACCGACUUCCCGAGUCCAAGGGCUACACGAUCCUCUACGUCACUUCCCCGAGGGAACUUGAAGACACCGGUUCCGAUUUCUACCAAGCGGAUCAGGAUCCCCUUCACAUGGACCUCAAGCGCGACUACUCUGCUCAUGACAGUCAAUCUUCGUCCAACAAGACUCUUUUCCAGGAAUACCAGUUCUUUACACCCGGCAUUUGGAUGGGAAUUCUCGCAACCCUGGUGUUCCUGAUGAUCUUCUAUGUCGGACUGUCUGCUCUUUUGAGCUUGGAGGUUCCCUAUGCAGCAUUCGAGAAGGACACAUCGGCCGCUGUGCAGAAGAAGCAGCAGUGA